UCUUUCUCUUUUAGAGGUUUGUUCAAAUACAAGUUAAUCGAGGAAAACUCUUCGACACGAUUGAUUCCAUUACCAUCAUCAUCCUCUCAUGUCGGCAUUAUUACGCCACUGAAAUUCAACCCCAUUUCUCAUCCGAAUUCCAAUCUACCCAUCUUUUAUCUGCCCAAUCGAUUUCAGAAAUAGCGAUUCUUGUUUGAAUACCAGUGACUUUGGGAUCAAGAGAUCUUUCACCAAGAGUUGUAGAAAAAGCAUAAAUAUUAACAGUUUGGAGCAUUGCUUGAGGAAUUUCCUUUCUUUUAUUCUGUAGAAACAAAUAUAGUUGCGUACUAUAAACGUGGUAUAAUCCAUUCCCUGUCAAGCAUUCGGGAGCUACAAGUUCAGAAAAUUUCUUCUCAAAUCCUUGUUUUGGUAAGUGUCACUGAUGGUUAAAUAUAAUCUGAAAUAGGGGUCCGUGUAAUUUACUUAAUUGUGAUUGCGUACUCCGUUGCUUGAAGCCCAUUGCUUGUGAAAUAUGAUCUAAAUAUUUGGUUGUUACGGUAUUUUCAAUCAAAUUGUUGCAUACUUUGAUCAAUUGUUACAACAUUCAGACUUUUUCAUUUUAAAGUUGAAUCUCAUGAUUUUCAUCCCUUUUUGCCUUAAAAUUUGAUCUUAAAAUGCGUGAAAGUUUGGAGGUUGUCUUCCUCGUUGAUCAUUUUGGUUUGGUUGUAUUGUGCAAACUUCUAAACUUGUUAGUUGUGUGACCUGUGUUACUCAGAUUCAGGUUCUCUUGUAGCACAUGGGUGCAUGUGAAGUGUUGGACUCAGGAUAUUCUGUUUUUAGAAAUCUCCAAAGUUGAACUGCGUAAUGUCUAUACCUGUAUUGGGAUAUUGAGGAUUCAACAUGGUUAGUUGAUGCAGAAUGAUAAAUUCAAGUAACGUAGGUUACAUAGGGUGUUAGUUGUACCAGGUCAACCUUGUAGAUUGUCUUGUAUAUCUUAACAGUGCUGCAAGGGUUGCCUAGAUUGCAAUAUCACCUAUAUCGGAAUAUUGAGGUUUCAAGAUUAGUACUUGAUGUAUGAUGAUGAGUUGGAGUAAUGUAGCUUGUUAAUUGUGCCAGACCAACCUUUCAGAUCAUCCUGUAUAUUUUAUUACUGUUGCAACUCUGCAAGGGCUACCUUGAACUUACUUGUAUAAUUUUGGGAGCAUUUUUGAGAAGAUUGGAGUGAAAAUAUCAUUGAGAACAAAAGUACUAUGGUAACAGGUACUUGGAGAAUUAUCUGUAUUUUAUUUCUAAUUCGUAGUAUUUAGCGGAUUGCUGUUACUUUAUUACUGUCUGGUGUUGGGUAUAACAACAAUGAAUCAGGAAAGCUGAUACAGGUCCAAUUGUGAAUUUUGUUGUUGCAGUAUUGGUAGUUGCAUAGGCUGCUUAGUUCAAUUUGAGAUUUAAUUAACAAAACUGAAAAUGGAAUUUGUAUGCGCAUUGGGGACCUAUGCUCAUUAGUUUAGAGUCUGACCACUUUGUAUUAAUGCAAUACGUAUUGCUGGGUUCGUAACAUGUGGACAUCACACUUGCCUCCUUUGUGCUUGAUGCAUUGUCAAUAUUUAUCCUUUUUCUAGAGUGUUGGUAUUCUCAGUUGCUGUAUUAUACAUUGUGUCCACUACAGUUUUUCAUGGACUUAAAUAUUUACGUCAUGGUAGUGUAUGUGGCCAUGUGGGAAGGCCUAGGGAUGUAAGAUAUAGCUAAUGCUGUUAGUUUGACUCUUGAGGAUUUUAUUAACCUAGCUUUUGAUAUUGGAGGCAUAAACGUAAAAGCUGGAUCUCUUGGAUAGAUCUUAUCAUCUUAUUUUUCUUAGGUUGUUAAGCCUAUGCUUUUGAUUGACUCUAGGGUAUAUGCUGGCAGCAGUUCAUUCUGUAGGCCUUUAUGCAUGUACAGUUGCAUCCUAUUAUUUGCUGGGUUAAUCUAGUGUCUCCUGGUUCCUGAGGAAUAUGCUAUAUAGACCGAGGUAAAUAUUCUGGAAUUGUAUUUCCAGUGCAGGUGUUUUCUGUUGUGUAGUAAUACCCUGCUUGUGUAUUUCUAUCGAGUUUGUUUUUCUGAAGAUUCAAUUGCUGAAAGGCUUGGUUAGGAUUGUGCAGUGGCCUAGUUUAAUAAGUACACGGGUUAGGAUUGCCUUACUGAAUUCUGUUGUAGCUGUUCACCUGCUGUUCGAUUGAUACUAUCAACAGUUCUUAUUAAUUUUGGAGUAUUCAUUUUAUUCCUUUGAGGACUGCGUCUGGAUGGCUGUUGAGAAUAUGCCUAAAGUGGUACUCCGCAUUACACAUUACUCUCAAGGCAUUGACGUUUAUGGACUUCUUGCGAGUUUAUUAUUCAAACUCACCUGUUCUUACGUCAUAAGAUUUUUUUUACAGAUACUAUUGUACUUUCAAAACCAUUUUUUCUGCCUUUACCAUAUUAGUUGUAGAUUGAAUCUUGAGUAUGGCCUGUUCUUGUGGGUGUCUUAUUUUAGGUGAGGUGGUUUAAGCUUUACGUACAUGCAAUGAAGGACCUGUGAUGUUCUAUGUUGGUUCUUCUGAUAUCUAUUAACCCGAAUUGUCCCAGGAUCUCUCUUUCCCUUCCCAAAUUAGUUAAUUUCUUUCUUCCCUAGAAGUUGUUUGAUUGUCUUAAGUUGUUCUUAACUUUGAAAAAGUUUCUAAUAAAUUCUUGUGAGCCACUUCAGUGCAUACAAGAUGGCUGGUAAGAAAAGAAGCAUGUCCCUGGAUGCAGAUAUGUGUGAUGUGCAAAAGGAAUGGGAUGUGGCAUUGUGCCCCAUCUGCAUGGAACAUCCUCAUAAUGCAGUUCUUCUUCUGUGUACUUCACAUGCAAAAGGCUGUAGAUCUUAUAUUUGUGAUACAAGUUACAGACAUUCAAAUUGCCUGGAUCGGUUUAGGAAACUCAAGACAGACUCUGAUACCAAUUCACCCUCAGAAACCAUACCUGUUCCUACAAACCUCCAGGGUUCGAACCUUGUUUCUGACACUCAACUAACUCCAUUGUUUGGAAAUGAAUUACCUAGGGCCCACAAUAGAAUGACGUCAACUAGAAGGUCCACUGAUUCUGGUGAUUAUGAUAUUGAACGAGAGGCGAUAGGAAGACACAACUUUGAAUCUUUGGAACAGGAAAAAAAGUCAAACUUAAAAUGCCCUCUAUGCAGGGGAGAUGUAUUAGGGGUGACAGUUGUAGAAGAGGCUAGGAGUCAUUUAAAUAUGAAGGGUCGAAGUUGUACACGAGAAUCAUGCACAUUUACAGGUAACUAUCGUGAGUUGCGCAGGCAUGCAAGACGUGAUCACCCCAGGGUUCGACCUGCUGAAGUUGACCCAUCAAGACAGCGAGCCUGGAGACACUUAGAGCAUCAAAGAGAACAUGAUGAUAUUGUCAGUGCCAUUCGAUCAGCUAUGCCGGGGGCUGUUGUGCUUGGUGAUUAUGUGAUAGAUUACAAUGAUAGAACACCGGCGGUUGAAAGGGAGACUGAUGCUGGUGGGAGGUUGUUUACAACCUUGUUUUUCUUUCAGAUGCUUGGAUCUAUGCAAAGCUUAGCAGGACCAAGGAGUCGUACGUCUAGGCCUUGGACAAGGCAUAGACGCUCUUCAUCCCGCCAAAGGUACCUUUGGGGGGAGAACCUUCUGGGCCUACAAGAUGAAGAUGGUGAUGGUGAUGGUGAUGGUGAUGGUGAUGGCGAUGACAGCUUUACAGAUGAAGAAGAUGCGAUGGAUCAUGAGGCAGAACCAGGCACUUCAUCUGCCCCAAGACAGCGCCGCCGUUUGUCUCAAUCUGGAUUCAGGAGAGAUCGCUUAUGAAAAGUGAUUUGGGUAAUAAUACUUGAUAUGGAGGAACUUCUCUCCUUCUGCAUGCCCUGAAUUGAAUGGCUUUGUUGCUUUUCUUAAUAAAAAUUUACAGUCAGUUUGUCAUUUGCAGAGCCUUCAUCUACCACCAAAGGUAUAACUGCUGAUUGACCCAGAAGGUGGCAUCGACAACUGCAGUUGGAGGUAGAUAGGUUCAAAUUAGUUCUGCUUCGUUCACUUGUUUGUAUCUUCUUGUUUUACUGGUCUGUUGAACUUGGUGAGCUUAAUUCGAGCUCACUGUUGUAAAUUUAGGUUUCUCAGGCCAACAACUAUUCAAAUUUCAAUUUGAAUCACCCAUGUAUGAUGUAUAUAGUAAGCAGGUUUACAUUUAAAACAA